AUGGGUCGAGAGGUGAGGUUGAGCUCUGAGCCCCUUCUCCUCCAUCUCUUAUCUCUCGUGCUCGUCUCUCUGCCCGAGACGGCUGCCAUGGAUGACAGCUUGGGUCCGAGCUGGUGGGUCGGUGAUGGGAUUGUGCGGUUUGGAUGGCCAACGAGUUUGGAGGCAGGAGGAAGAAGAGGAGAGCAGGCAUCGCCUGUCGGUUCUGCAGGCGCAGGGGAGGUGGUGAGAGGUCGGUGGAAGGGGCGAGGAAAGCUGGAACAGGGAGGGAGGAAGAAGGAGAGGGAUCUGGAUCCGAGGAGAGCUCUGUAUCUUCCGAUUCCGGAGGAAGGAGAAAGCGAAGGAGGAGGAGGAGGACGAGGAGGAGAGGCAAGGGAGAGACGAGAGGAAGAGGAGCAGGGCUUUCAAAGCGCUUCCUUUUUCUCAGCUUCUGCGACGGCUUUGUCGUCGGAGUAUGCCCGGCGGCUACCGGAGCGGACGGGAGAGGGUGGUCACGGUCUCGGCAGCUACGGACAGUCGCUCGCUUUCCUACACCAUCAGCCGGCGCCUCCGCCGCUGCAGGAGGCCGCGGCGGCGGAGGGGCAGACGAGGUCGAGGUACGGAGGGCGAGGGAGGGGCGCGUCGGCGGUGGGGGAGAUCGUGGAGGUGCAAGGCGGGCACAUUGUGCGGGCUACUGGGCGGAAGGACCGGCACAGCAAGGUGUGCACCGCCAAGGGCCCCCGCGACCGCCGAGUUCGCCUCGCCGCCCACACCGCCAUCCAGUUCUACGACGUCCAGGACCGCCUUGGUUGCGACCGGCCCAGCAAGGCCGUCGACUGGCUGAUACAGAACGCCAAGGCCGCCAUCGACGAGCUCGACGAGCUGCCGCCCUGGAGCCCGACCGCCACCGUCGCUGCCGCCUCCCGCGCCCCUCGCCUCCCCCCUUAUUCUUCCGAUCACGACGCCGUCAGCGAGUCAAUCAAGAAACAUGUUGUAGUAGCCGACCCGGUCGGCGCUGCUACUACUUUUAACUUCGACGGCAACUGUGGAGGUGGCAAUGCAAGCACCAGUUUCCUUCCGCCUUCCAUGGACACCGACUCCAUUGCCGAUACCAUCAAGUCUUUCUUCCCGUUAGCUUCUACUCCGGCCGCCACCUCGCCCUCUUCCACCCCUUCCAUCAGAUUCCAAUCCUACUCGCCGGACCUCCCUUCGCGCGGCGGCAAUCAAGUCAAAGACCUCCGCCUCUCCCUCCAAUCCUUCCAAGAUCCAAUUUUUCACAACCCAGAACCCGUCCACCACCACCACGGCCAAUUCCACCAGAGCCCAGCCACCCCCACUCACUUCCCUGCCACCACCCAACUCGCCUACGACGCCUCCGCCGGUUGGACCGCCGAACAGAGCCAGCGCAUCGUUCCGUGGAACGUGGUGGAGCCUGCCGCCCCCGGCGCUGGCGGCGGAGGCUACGUUCUCAGCUUUCCACCACCGCAGGCGGUGCCGCUGCACUCCGUGCUAGGCCCCAGCCAUGCCUUUUCUCAGAGGGGACCCCUUCAGUCCAGUAACGCCCCUGUUGCCCGUGCCUGGGCCGACCCUGCCGACACCACCAUCGCCGGUAACCGGAUACAUCCUCCGUUCUAUCCGUCGACGUCUUCGAUCGGAUUCGCCUCCGGCGUCGGCUUCUCAGGGUUCCGGAUCCCUGCCCGGUUCCAGGGCGAAGAGGAGCACGACGGCAUCAACGACAAGCCGCCCUCUGCUUCUCGCAACUGACAGACCCAAAGAAGAACAAAAAUACGAUCUACGCCAUGCUCCUCCACUCCACCAUUUCAAUGGAGGAGGAUGUCAAUGGAAUGCGAAAAGCCUUUCUUCUUCUCUGUCAAAUCGAGCUUCCGGCUCCUGCCUUAGUAGUAGUAGUAGUAGUGCUAGUUUGUGUUCUUGUCACUGUUGUGUCUGUUUCCUACUUUCCUUGGCGCUUCUUCAAGGUUUUGCUUCCGCCAUUAGAGAACUGUUUACAUCCAGAGAUGUCAUUGUGACAUUUCAGUAAUAAAAUUAAAUCAGUGCUUCCCUUUUCCUGA